AUGGCUAUGAUUCGAAAGUCUCUUGAGGCUGGCCUUCAGCUUGAGACUAACACCCCAGUGCUCGAAGUUUCUCAAGCCGACGGUGAGCAUGGUAGUUGGACUAUCACGACUGGUCGCGGCAAUAUCACUGCCAAUAAGGUGAUACACGCCACCAACGGGUAUGCCUCCCAUCUACUGCCGGAACUUGAUGGGCGCAUCAUUCCCCUGAAGGGUCACGUUGCGGCCAUCGCGCCUCCACCCGCAUACGUCGACUUACCGCUAUCUACUUCCUUUGCGUUCGUGUCCGAUGAGAAUUACGACUAUCUUGUUCAACGUUCCGGUUCUCAAAAGUACCUGAUCUGGGGCGGAGGAGAAGGUGCACAUCCGAACGGGCCUGAGGGCGGCUACGGAGACUGCGAUGACUCCUUUGCCGUUCCCGAGGUGCUUGACUUCAUCAAAGAAGGGCCAUCUCGGACUUUCAAGGGCUGGAAGGAGUCUAUCGAAAGUCCAAGUUCCGGAGUCAAAGAUCCUGUUCCAUUUGCUUGGAGCGGCAUCAUGGGGCUCAGUAAGGACCUGUUGCCUUUCAUAGGAGAGCUGCCUGGAAAGCCUGGCCAGUAUCUCAUCGGCGGCUAUCACGGUCACGGAAUGGCCCGCGUAUUCCUGUCAACAAAAGCCUUUUGCGACCUUUUCCUCGGACAAGCAAUCGACUCCCGCGUUCCAUCGCCUUAUUUUGAUCUAGAGUCUAGGCUUAGAGAGCCUGUUGACAUGUCCAAAGUGGGGGGCAUCUUGUAG